UCCAGACAUCAUCAACAACCUGGAACUGCUCUCAACGACAUCAAUUCACCACAGCUGCCAAUAAAUCACAAUGGAACACCCAAAAAGACAAAUCUCUCACGUUAUCCACCUGCUCACAGAAGGAUCUCCAGCAGAUCAGCGAGAUGCUCUCGAAACAUACUUCCUUCCAGACUCAACGUUCAUCCACCCUCUCUGCCGCGUUCCGAGCUUUUCGCAUGUCUCGUUGCCUCUGAUAGGAGAAAUCAAUUCAAGAUGGGUCAUCUGGAUGAUAUAUCGCUGGUACAAGAUUCUCUCUCCUCGUAUCCUGCUGGAUGUUGAAUGCGGAGCAGAAUUCAACCAGAAAUCCCAAAUCCUCUUCGUCGAGAUCCAUCAAAUCUUUUCCCUCUUCUUCGUCCCAUUCUACAAAUCGAAUGUUCAUCUCACAACGAAAUUGCGACUCGUCCAUGCUGAAGACGAUAAUAAAUACUAUAUCAAGUCUCAAGAAGAUCUAUACCAAUCGAAUGAAGUUGUCAAGUUUUUCUGGCCGGGAGGAGCGACUAUCAUAUGGUGUUGGCAGAUUUUUGCGACUUGGUUGUGUAUUGUGGGUGCGCUGCUAUUGGCACCAAUUACAUGGGUAGAGCAGAGGCAUUCGAAUCAGGUGAAUGGGGUGAAGAAGAGCUUGUAA